AGUCACUAAAACGCAAACGUAUAUUCUUCUCUCGUUUGUUUUGGUCCGAAUUGCAUCUACACUGUAUCACAACAAACUAUAGCCGACCCUCGAUGACGUAAGAGAUGACAAAUUUCAAGUUUGUCAAUUACACUAGGACACAGCUGCGCGUGGGACCACAGCACAUACGCGCGCGCUCGUCUGCAUCAUUUAUUAGCGCAUCUUAUUUCAAUGGGCUGCGGUGGGAGUCGAGCAGACGCUAUUGAACCCCGAUAUCAUGAGAGCUGGACCAGAGAAACCGAAUCGACGUGGCUUACCAAUACUGAUGCUGAAAUCCCCAACGGCGUGACUUAUAAGAACCGCGUCGCUCGUGGAGAAUGUAGCCAUCUUAUUAAAGACAAUGCAAAACUAUCAGGUAGAGGUAUGGAGGCCAGGUCUUGUGGAGACAGAGGCAGACGGAUGGUUAAUGCAGGAACUCAAUGUGGGAAGCAGGUUUUGACUUCCAGCACCUGCAAAAACCAUCAAAGAACAUCCUGUGGCCAUGAGCAGAUAAGUGACUCAAUCCUGACAACACGCAAGGAGAGGACUGCUCAUUCUGAGGGGGUUUCAUCUAACGCUGCAUCUCACCCAGGGGAGCCAAUGGGGAAAAAAUCAUCUUCACCUGAUGUGGAGGAUACGCUCUGAAACCCAGAGGAGCAAUGAGGAUUACAGGCUAAGAAAUCAUAAGCUGUAGAGAGAAAUAGAGCUUCACAAGAGAUGACAUCUCAUUAAUGCUCGCUUAUAGAAUAUCACACUUUACUGAAGUUUUGUUGUUAAAAUGGGUUAACAAGGAGCAUCUGAUAAUUAGCAUGUCAAAUAUAGAUUUUAGUCAACUGUAGCACUCUGAUAUCCUCACAGGAGUUACCGAGCAAAGCCUAUAUUCGUAUUGUAGCAUAUACAUAUUGCAAUUUUAAUGCUAAUGACACUGAUUUUAAGAGAACAGGCUACUAAAUACUUUAUGUCAUGCUUAAAUAAGUGUACAAAUUAUAAUUAUGAAUUAUAUUAUGACCCUCUUUCUUAAUAUUGUAGUGAUUUUUUGGUUAUUCUGUUCUUGUAAAUAUGCAUUUACUGGAAAUUACUCAGUAUUUGUUUAUUUUAUAUUUACUAGUAAUUCAGUAAUUCAGCAGUCUAUUUUUUAUUUUAGAAAUAAAGUUGCAUUUUUUGCCUUUGAAGUCGAGAACAACAACAGACCCACUUUAUUGGUUACAGGCAUUUUAUACGGCCAGCUAAACAUGCUGUAAAAUAACCACUAGAUGGAGCUGUUUAUUUUAUAUGAACAGACAAUUGCUGUGUUUUGGACAUUCAGUGUAACAUUAAAGGGUUAGGUCACCCAAAA